GGUUGUGGCGGCCCGGCCCGGUAUCCGGGUAAGAUGGCCGCAGUCGGAGAGUGCUCGCUCCCGGUUCCUUGGAAGUCGGUGUCUCUCACUCACGUCGAGUAUCCAGCAGGUGACAUCACCGGCCAUCUCCUUGCCUACGUGAGCCUAGGCCCCGUUUUCAUCAUCGUUGGCUUUGUCACACUCAUCGUUUUCAAGAGAGAGCUUCACACGAUCUCCUUCUUGGGGGGGCUGUUCCUCAACGAAGGUGUGAAUUGGCUAAUAAAGAAUAUUAUUCGGGAGCCACGGCCUUGUGCAGAAAUCCACGCAUCAGUGCAUUCGAAGUACGCAAUGCCUUCUAGCCACUCCCAGUUCAUGUGGUUUUUCUCCAUGUACUCGUUUCUCUUCCUCUAUUUAAGAAUGCACCAAACAAACAACGCCAGAUUCCUAGACCUGUUGUGGAGACACAUCCUGUCCCUCUUCCUCCUAACAGUGGCCUUCCUAGUCUCAUACAGCAGGGUCUACCUGAUGUACCACACCUGGAGCCAAGUUGCGUAUGGAGGGGUUGUGGGAAGCAUCAUGGCCGUAGUGUGGUUUGUCUUCACACAGGAGAUCUUAACGCCGUUGUUCCCACGGAUAGCUGCGUGGCCAAUAUCAGAGUUCUUCUUAAUCCGAGAUACCAGUCUCAUCCCAAACAUCCUAUGGUUUGAAUACACAGUCACCAGAACAGAAGCAAGGACCCGACAGCGUAAGCUGGGCACGAAGCUUCAGUGAACUUGGGAAGCUCCGGAAGUGAACUGCACGACUCUAUCGACCAGUGUGGGGCCAGACGAGAGACCUGUACAGAGAAGCGGAGGAGGCUUUUAAGAGAUGGACCAAAAAGAACAAGCAGGGACCAGGUCCUGAAGACCCAGAGGCCUUGACGACAAGCUGGCCACUCCUCGCUGCAUGCUGGGAACUGGACCAGAGCAGAAUCCAUUUAUACUGCAGCUGCACAGCGUUGGUUGGGAUCUGACCCUCUUUUGGGGGCACAAUCCACCAAGGGAUGUUUCUUGCACAAGCCCCC